AUGCUGGUGCCAGACCUGGGGGAGCUGCCCCUCUCCCUCUCUCUGGGGGUGCUGGGCAUGCCUGGAAUCACGGCCUACUUUGGACUGCUUGAGGUCUGCAAGCCAAAGAAGGGAGAGGUCGCCGUAGUCAGUGGGGCAGCAGGUGCUGUGGGGUCCAUAGUUGGGCAGAUAGCGCGCCUCAAGGGGUGCAAAGUAAUUGGCUUCGCGGGAUCAGACGCUAAGGUGAAGUGGCUGAAAGAGGAGUUGGGAUUCCAUCACGCAUUUAACUACAAGACAAAUGACGUCACAGAGGCGCUGAAGCAGGCGGCACCUGACGGCGUCGACGUGUACUUCGACAACGUGGGCGGCGAGCUGAGCAGCGCAGUCAUCAACAGCAUGCGAGAGUGGGGCCGCAUCUCGGUGUGCGGCUCGAUAUCUGGAUACAACGAAUCUAACCUCCCGAAGGCUACCAUCAUCCAGCCCGCAGCCGUAUUCAGGCAGCUCCGCAUGGAGGGGUUCCUGUAUUCACAGUGGCACGACCGCUGGGAAGAGGGCAUUACCCAGCUGACGCAGUGGGUCCGAGAGGGAAAAAUCAAAUACCGUGAGACUGUAACAGAAGGGUUUCAAAACACCCCAAAAGCCUUCGCCGGUAUGCUGCAGGGUGACAACUUGGGGAAGGCUGUUGUUAAAGUGCGAAGAACCAUAGUGUAUCGUAAACAAUUUCACAAGCAGGACCAGGACAAUUUCUUUCAGUAUUUUGUACACAGUACAUCAAGAGAAAGGUGCAUGGUUGCAACAGAAUGUUCUUCAAAACUUAUGUUUGUGGUUUCAGUUUUUCAAUAUCAUUCCACAUCAUUAUAA